CGCGCCGUGGCUGCUUCGGCUUCAGCCCAGCUUCCUCCUGGUGACUUCCCAGCGUUGUCUGACUCGUGACCUUGUGCAGUAGAAGGCUGCUUUAUUUUUACAACUGCUCAAGUUCUGACAUACAAGAUGAAGCAAGAUGCCACAAGAAAUGCUGCCUACACUGUGGACUGUGAAGAUUAUGUGCACGUGGUAGAAUUUAAUCCCUUUGAAAGUGGGGAUUCAGGAAACCUGAUUGCAUAUGGUGGCAAUAAUUAUGUGGUCAUUGGCAUGUGUACAUUUCAGGAGGAAGAAGCAGAUGUUGAUGGAAUUCAGUAUAAAACACUACGAACAUUUCACCACGGAGUCAGAGUCGAUGGCAUAGCCUGGAGCCCAGAGACUAGACUUGAUUCAUUGCCUCCAGUAAUCAAAUUUUGUACUUCUGCUGCUGAUAUGAAAAUUAGGUUAUUUACUUCAGAUCUUCAAGAUACAAAUGAGUAUAAGGUUUUAGAGGGCCAUUCAGAUUUCAUUAAUGGUUUGGUGUUUGAUCCCAAAGAAGGCCAAGAAAUUGCAAGUGUAAGUGAUGAUCAUACCUGCAGGAUUUGGAACUUGGAUGGAAUACAAACAGCUCAUUUUGUUCUUCGUUCCCCUGGAAUGAGUGUGUGCUGGCAUCCUGAGGAAACUUAUAAGCUGAUGGUUGCAGAGAAAAAUGGAACAAUCCGGUUUUAUGAUCUUUUGGCCCAACAGGCUAUUUUGUCUCUUGAAUCAGAACAGGUGCCACUAAUGUCAGCACAUUGGUGCUUGAAAAACACCUUCAAAGUUGGAGCCGUUGCCGGAAAUGAUUGGUUAAUUUGGGAUAUUACUCGGUCCAGUUAUCCUCAAGAUAAGAGACCUGUUCACAUGGAUCGAGCCUACUUAUUCAGGUGGUCUACAGUUAAUGAAAAUCUGUUUGCAACCACUGGUUAUCCCGGAAAGAUGACAAGCCAGUUUCAGAUUCAUCAUUUAGGACACACUCAGCCCAUCCUCACUGGUUCUGUAACUGUUGGAUCUGGCCUUUCCUGGCAUAGAACUCUCCCACUGUGUGCAAUUGGAGGAGACCACAAGCUACUGUUUUGGGUGACUGAAGUGUGAAAUAAAUUUUCUGUACCUUAGAUUUGUAAGCUUUCUAUUUUUCAUACACAUUUUGGAGACUGUCUUAUUUUUAUAUCAAAUAUACUGUAAACUCUAGAAAUGUCUCUGUUGCUUUUGUUAAAUAAAAUAUAGAUGGUUUGAAAACUUUCCCUCCCUUGUUCUCUCUCUCUCUCUCUCUCUCUCUCUCUCUGUGUGUGUGUGUGUAUCACCUUGUAAGACUAUUAUUGACUGAGCAACUCAGCUCCAGAGAAGAGAUAUCUAGAGGAAAAUCAUGCUUUUAACUUUAUCAAGAAAUUAUUCAAAAAGUAUUCUUUCUUUUAUACUUUGAGUAUGAGCUAUUUUCCUAAUUCUCAGGAACACAAACAUUUACAAAAGGAGUAAAAGAUCUCUUAGUAUACUUAGGAAAUAGUUAAAUGUAUAUGUAUACAUUUGUGUUAGCCAUCCCUUUGUGUAUGGGUGUUGUAACUUCCUUAGUAAUUAUAAAGGAUUAUUCAAUUAAAUAUAAAAAAGUAAUUCACAGUUUCUUAAAAAUGUGCCUGCUUGUAUCGCUCAACCUCACUCAACCCUGUUUACUAUAUUCAAAUUUCUUUGGACUAGCACAUCUGGUGUAUAGGAUAAAGCUUACCUUCAAAAAAUUAUAUAUAGGAUAAACCUUUUAACAGCCUCCUUCUUGUAUGGAUUUUCACCAUUCUUACGAAGAAAUUUUAAAGUUUGGGGGCUACGCAUCUAGUCACAACAGAACUAUGUUCACCUUCUCCAAGAUAAUUAAAAUCAACAUUGUAAGGGACCAGCUGUUGGCGUAA